AUUUGAGUCGGUCAGCUUGACUUGCGCGGUUCGCGCCAGAUCACUCCCUCUUUCUUUCCCAAUUGUGUCGCUCCCUCGCAGGCAAUUGCCUUCCUCUCAUGGGACUUAUUCUCUGAAUACGCGUCUUCCUACCCUGCUGUGCUCAAUUGUAGCUCUCUUCCAUUCGUUGCGCCAUAUUCUUUUGGUCUUUUUGCUCAAGUCAUUUUGAACCUCGUUAUGGCGGCCCUGGCACCCCAGCAAAGCUUGAGCGAAAUGAGACAGUCAGGAGCGACCUCUGACCAUGUCGUUCCAGCGCUCAACGGGAAAGAGGGCAGCGCCAGCCAGCAGCAUCUGGAGGUGAUAUGCGGGCCUCUGUUGAACUAUCAGCGCAUGGAUCUUAACGAGUCAUCGACUUGGUACGGCAGCGUUCUCAUCGUAACAAAUCCUAGCCACCUUCAACCACAUUUGAUUCUGCGUACUACAGGUCCUGUGUCGGAGAACGACCACGGCACUGAGACUCAGAACCAAUCUACGUCAACUUUUCAAGCCACCAAGAUUUACGAAGACUCGCAUAAAGCCUUUUGGAGAUACUCUCUCUCGUUGCCUUUGGUUGACUACGAAGCGCGCUGGGAAUACACCAUUCCAGGCUUCCAUUAUGUGAACGGCUCGGAAACCCCAGCAUCAUGGUCUUUUUCGGUUCCCGCUCAAAGCCAAUCUAUGCGUCUAAUGUUCCAUUCCUGCAAUGGUUUCUCUGUUGGCACCGAUACAGAUAGCUGGGCUGGCCCUGCUUUGUGGAACGACGUUCUUCGGGUUCACUCGAAGCGUCCCUUCCACGUAAUGAUUGGUGGCGGCGAUCAAAUUUACAAUGACGGUAUUCGUGUUGACGGGCCACUGAGAAAAUGGACUGAAAUUUCCAAUCCUCACAAGCGACGAACUCACGACUUUGAUGGAGCUCUAAGAGAAGAAUGCGACGAGUAUUACUACAACAAUUAUGUGCGAUGGUACGGGCAUGAACCCUUCAAGACCGCCAAUGGACAGAUUCCCCAGAUCAAUAUUUGGGAUGACCACGACAUCAUUGACGGAUUUGGAUCCUAUACAGACCAUUUCAUGAAAUGUGCCGUUUUCCGCGGCAUCGGUGGCGUGGCCUUCAAGUACUACUGUCUAUUUCAGCAUCACAUUGCUCCCCCAAAGUCGACAUUUACCACAGACGCACCAGUCAUUGAUCCUCGUCAGUUGGCUGACACAUUUGUUCUUGAGGAAGAACACGAAGACCCGAGAUGGAUUAUGGGCUUGAAACCUGGUCCGUAUGUUGAGGAAAAGAGUCGCAGUCUGUACAUGCGCCUGGGUAGACGGAUAGCAUUUGUAGGCAUUGAUGCCCGAACGGAGCGCACGCGCCACCAGGUCAACUACCCAGAGACGUAUGACGCGAUAUUCAAUCGACUUGAUCAAGAAUUAGCUGGUGCGAAUGGGGAGAUCAAGCACUUGAUUCUGCUUCUCGGUGUUCCCAUCGCAUAUCCACGUCUAGCAUGGCUUGAGAAUAUCUUCUCAUCUCCAUUGAUUGCGCCAAUUCGCUUGUUGAAUAAGCGAUUUGGUGUCGCCGGUGGCCUUUUCAAUAAAUUUGAUGGUCAAGUUGACCUGCUGGACGAUCUCGAUGAUCAUUACACAGCCAAACAUCACAAAGUGGAGCGCCGAGAGCUUAUGCAACGUCUACAGCAGUUUUCGAAACGCCAUGCAGUUAGAGUCACAAUUCUGGGCGGUGAUGUCCAUUUAGCUGCGCUGGGUCGAUUCUAUUCGAAUCUUGAUCUACAUGUACCAGUUGAGAACGAUCAUCGUUUCAUGGUGAACAUUGUCAGCAGUGCUAUUACAAACAAACCACCUCCCAAAGCUGUUGCCAAUCUCCUCGCACGAAGAAACAAAAUCCACCAUUUAGACCCUAAUACGGAUGAGACUCUCAUGGCUCUGUUCGACAAGCAGCCUGGUGGCGUGGAGAAGGGCGCAGAUUGGAACAAUGUUACUAUGCCCUCACGAAAUUACGCAUGUAUUACAGAAAUUGACACACCUCCGAAUGGUGCUAGUGUUCAGCCGCAUAGUCUAGUGCCGACUCACACACCCAAAAGCGGACAUUCGCCUCUGCAUACCGGUGAAGAGAAUGUCGGUACAGUCCACGUGGCUGCGGAUGGUUUCAGCAAUAGCAGUGACCUGGUCGGUGGCUUGGAUGUUGCCAUCCGAGUUGAAAUUGAACAGGGAAACAGAGACGGCAAUACAGAGGGCUAUGGUCUAAGCAGUAAGCAUUCGCAACAAUCGACCGUCGAUGAACAGUGUCAACUAACGUUCUUCCAGUUCCUCCGCUGGUCGCGGCUCAGCAGACCCCCAUCCCUUCUAUUCCUGGUUCUACCCCUGGUUCUAUCCCAACAUCUCGUGCUGGGAACGAAAAUGGGGUUUAAAUAGCCUGUCUUACUACCAAUAUCUAUGUCUAUAUCUAUGUCUUGAUUCCCUUUCCAUAUUCCUGUCUUGUAUUUUCUUUGGUUUAACUAAUACUCAACUAUCUAUGUAAGAGAUGCGGACUUGCACAAUUUUGGUCAUUUAGUGGAAGUGACAGAAUACAGCCUCGGUUGCGUUGAUCAAUCGAAGGACUGCUCAAUGGUCUGGUUGAUGGUGAGCAGAGAGCGCAGCGCUUUGAAAGUUCAAUUAGAAAAGAUAGCUCCAAGUGUGAAAAGCUGGAUAGAGCUAAUGAAUUCGGCUAAUCAACCAUUUAUCCUGAUGACAAUGAGGAUUGCACGAUAUUCGGUGCAAAUACUUCAUCUCUAAGUUUUGCUAAUCAUGCGUUUAUACACUAUUACACCAUUUUUAAUAAUGUAAAGAUAUCAGUAUGGGAAGAAAUAUAAUAUAGUAUAUUUAAGGCU